CGUACUAUCUAUUCUGUACACUUGUGAUAGCACUGGUGUUUUACAUCAUAUAGUUUAGCUGUAUAUUCAGUUUAGCAGCAGAUCUAGUUUAGUAGUAGCACUUAGUUUAAUUAAACCAUGUCGGAACGCGAACCCCUACUAGGGAAUGGGUCCCUCAGAAAGAGAUCCGUUGCGGAAAUUUUGACCAGUGUACCACCUGGCUCAACCGAUCCGGUGGUGGACGGAGGCACUGAUGAUGUAUCAAAUAUAAGAGCUGUCACCAAUAAAGAACGCGACGAGGCCGAAGGAGGCAGCACACGUAAGGCGUCCAUAUUUAGCGACGACUGCGAGGAUGAAAUGAAAAGGGAACAACUUAGUGCAUGGAAGUGGUUUACAGGAACUUUCUUUGGCUUUGCGACACAGGCGGGGCUGCUGCUGAUUGUGAUCGGUAUCUACACAUUCACCCCUCUGUUCGUCAAUUAUUCCAAGCAAGUGUAUAAUGGACUAGCAGGCGAUUAUGCUGCACAGGCUUCCGAGAGCCAGCAUCUUAUCCGCCGCGACGCUGAGAUCAACCUCGCUCUGGCGAAUUGGCCGUCGUCGCAGAUUGCGCAUGAUUUGUCCAACAAGUAUUUUGAUGCAAAGUGGUCAGGAGACCUUGUGCUUCCAACUGUGGGUGACUAUGUCUUCUAUCUUAAUUCGGGGGAUCCCACAGCCAAAUUGGAGAUUAAUGGCAAAUCAGGAAAUCCUCACAAACUCACGGUAUCGGCCGGUGACGAUAAAUUCCCGGUCAAGCUCCACGUGCACGAUAUACCGUUUGAGUACAAGGAAGGCAGCGAUAUAUCCUUUACAUACACGGGUCCUGGUACGGCCGAGAAGCAAGUUCUGGUGUCAAGGUUUCAGACUCUGUACGACUCAAAUGUUAUAACUACACCCGUGAAGGGUAAGCCCUAUCUAGAUGCAUCUCCCACAGCGAUUACAAAUACUAUGUCAUGGUUGAUGGGGUUGUCGAUAGCUUUAAUUUUUGGACUACAAGAGGGCGAGGUUAUGAAGUAUAUCAAAAUGAUUUACAACCCCGCCAACCUGAUGGCUUUUGCGCCGGCUGCCAUUGGAUGGUGUCUGGCUGAUGUCUUUGAGGUACUCGCCAACACUGGACUGGACCCCACCACCUAUGUGGUGUUAUCUCAGGCACGGCUUGUCAUGACAGCGUUCGCCAUGAAGGUGAUGCUGGGCCGUGAGCAAAGCUCCAUUCAGUGGGGAAUCCUCACUAGUCUUAGUGUGAUUUUAAUCGCUUAUAAUCUCAUUGACCCCAAGUCCGGCGGAUCGGGCGACCAAUCUCAGUGGUGGAUGGGUUUCUUCGCAACCAUUAUCAAGGUUACCCUGUCCGUGCUGUGCGGCGUGUAUGGCGAGAAGUACUUCAAGGGCUAUGGACAUCUUCCCUUCUUUGUCCAAAUUACGAACAUCACCGCCGUGUCCUGUCCAGCGGGCUGGUGUAUCCUUCCAUUGGUGUCCUACAUGCGUGACACUCCGCUACAAACGUACGGGGUUUUCGGCGGCCCUGAUGGAUCGUGGACUUGGGCGACUUGGGUUGUUGUAGGGCUCUACGUGACCCGUUUGUGGGUAACCAAUUUGGCCGUCAAACGGUUCGACGCGCUUGUAAAGAAUCUGUGCAACGCCGGUGCAGCCGUGCCCACUUACUUCAUCGGCGUGUAUGUGAUGCACUCUAUGGAGCUAGAUAUCCGCAAGGUGCUACUCAUUGCUGCGGUAGUUAUCGAAGUGGCGAACUUCUCGAUGUCCAAGUCGUAUGUAAAAGCAACCUAGAAUUGUAUACCGGGAGUUUGCUAGCAAUCUAUUAUAAAAUCCAUCAAUAAAAGUCUUUCAGUAGAUAUCAUGUGCCAAAUCAUGAUUUAUAUUGAUGGCUAUGGUAUGGACUACACUUCAGA